GGUAAAUCGAAAUCAACACACGUGGGAAUGGGAAAGCAAAAUAAAUUACAAAAACUUGUACCAAUGAAGGCAAAAAUGAAAGGUAUAAAGAAAAAGAAGACUGUAGAAGAAAAACCAUCUAAAAUUACAGAAAUGGACAGUGACGACGAGAGUUUAGCUGAUGACAGUGACAUUGAUUCUGGUGACAGUGAUUUACACAGUAACGAAGGCUACGAAUCAGAUGUUAAUGAGGAAGACAGCGAUGAGGCCAGCGGAGAUGAUGAAGAAGAAGGAGAUGAGGAUGAUGAUGAGGAGGAAGAAGAAGAAGAAACAGAGACGAUUGACAAUAAACAGGACAAAAAGAAAAGGAAACUGAAUUCACAGCAAACAGAUUCUUCUGAAUCAUCAAAGAAAAAGUUAAAAACAGAGCCUGAUUCAAAAGAAGAACAAAAAUUGCCGGGGACAACUGUGGGGGGCGGAAUCCUGACCGACACCUCAUUCUCCUCACUAGAGGGCGUGGUCUCCGACCUCUCAUUGAAGGGGAUCGCAGACAUGGGCUUCACCCACAUGACAGAGAUACAGGCCAGCACAAUACCCCACCUACUGGAGGGCAGGGAUUUAAUGGGAGCAGCCAAGACAGGAAGUGGUAAGACGUUAGCCUUCCUGCUGCCGGCCGUAGAACUGCUGUACAAACUCAAGUUCAUGCCUCGCAAUGGUACGGGCUGUAUAAUUAUCUCCCCCACUCGCGAGUUGUCGAUGCAGACUUUCGGUGUCCUGAAGGAGUUACUGAAGUACCACUGUCACACGUACGGCCUGAUCAUGGGGGGCACCAGCCGAGUGGAGGAAGCCAAGAAACUCGGCAAGGGCAUCAACAUCCUGGUGGCCACGCCCGGACGAUUACUUGACCAUCUACAGAAUACCCCUAACUUUAUGUAUAAGAACCUCCAGUGUCUGAUUAUUGAUGAGGCAGACAGGAUCCUUGAAAUUGGUUUUGAGGAAGAGAUGAAACAAAUCAUGAAACUUCUACCAAAGCGGCGACAGACGAUGUUAUUUUCAGCCACUCAGACAAGGAAGGUGGAGGAUUUAUCACGGAUUUCUCUAAAGAAGGAGCCGCUGUAUGUGGGGGUGGACGACAGGAAGGACAGCGCCACCGUGGAGGGGCUGGAGCAGGGUUAUGUUGUUUGUCCAUCAGACAAGAGAUUUCUACUGCUCUUCACCUUCCUAAAGAAAAACCGCAAAAAGAAAGUGAUGGUUUUCUUCAGCUCCUGUAUGGCUGUCAAGUACUACCACGAGCUUCUGAAUUAUAUUGAUAUUCCAGUCAUGUGUAUACAUGGAAAACAGAAGCAGACUAAGCGGACACAAACGUUCUUCCAGUUUUGUAAUUCUAAGGAGUCUAUCCUGCUGUGUACAGAUGUGGCGGCUCGAGGGCUGGACAUUCCCAGGGUCGACUGGAUUGUCCAGUUUGACCCACCAGACGACCCAAAGGAGUACAUUCAUCGUGUUGGUAGAACAGCCCGUGGGGAGGGGGGUAUUGGUCACGCUCUGUUGAUUCUACGUCCUGAGGAGCUGGGAUUCCUGCGAUAUCUGAAGCACGCCAAGGUCCCGCUGAACGAGUUUGAUUUCUCCUGGAGCAAGAUUUCUAACAUUCAGGCACAGUUGGAGAAGUUGAUAGAGAAGAACUAUUUCCUACACAAGUCUGCACAGGAAGCAUACAAAUCUUACAUCCGCGCCUUCGCCUCGCACAGCCUCAAAAACAUCUACGACGUCAACAGCCUAGAUCUCCAGAAGGUGGCGCUCUCAUUCGGAUUCCGUAAUCCGCCAUACGUAGAUUUAGAUGUCCAUGGAAAGAAAGGAGGCAAAAACAAAGGUCACCGGGGUAAACCCGGAGGAUUUGGUUACCAUAGAGACAAGUUUGAGCACAAAGCAAAACUAUACAAACCUCUGAAAAGUAAAGGACAUGGCAAAAGGCAAUUCAGUCGGUGACCCAAAAAUGUUUAUUGGUGACCUUGACAUGAUGACAACAAAUCAAUGACCUUUCAACUUUAAUGUCAUGCGAGACAGGAUGAAAAUAUACAUGUAUAUGCAACACUACUGUCCAAUUUCAAACCAGUGACCAGGAAGUUGAUUUGGAUAGCAACUAAAUGGUAGCUUACAUUUGUAAGAAAUUAUGUUCUAACAAUUAUAGAAGAAACAAUUUUUAUAUGAAAUUUUGCAGUUCAUUGUGAAUUCAUUGUACUAGUAUGUAUUUUUGAUGUUAGAAGAUGGAUCAUAAAUGAUAAUGCAAACUUCUCCCCAUUCUGAGAUUGUGAAGGUUCCUAGAUACCACAACACAGAUACAUUUUUAUUGAAAUUAAACGAGAAAAUCUUUUUUUUUAAUUUCUUCUAGAUUUUGUUUCUUCAGGUUGAAAAAGAGAAAUCAGUUAUUCCCCUUCUUGCAAAAACAUUUGUAAGGGAUACAUACAUGUAAAACUAUGUUUUGUAAUGUAAUUAAUUAUGUUAUGAAUAAAUUUUUCAAUGAAA